CUGGCUCACCGGCCCAGAGCAGGGCUUCUGCCAGGUCUCGGUGGAAAAGGGGGCGUUCCUAGUGCCUGUGACCACUUACGCCGGCCUCAGCAGGGCCACGGCUAAGGCCAAGGUCGAACUGCAGCCCGGCCGAGGGAUCUAUGUGCGAGAACCCUGCCCGAUCACAGAGCGGGGCUGGCGUCAGUGGGCACAGGCAGGAGGCCUUUGCCACAGCACUCACACGUGCCCCCGAGGUUCUAGUCAGUGGAAGGCCACCUCACCCGUGGCCUCAGUCCCGGCCCACCCAGCCCCUCAGUCCGCAGAAACUCUGGGUGUGCGGUUCUCUGGAGACUGGAGGGUGCCCUGAGGUCCCCUUGCCUCCCUCCGCUGUGGCUCUUCUGGGGAUGUGGGGUCUGGCCUGCAAACACUGCGUGCCAGGCCGAAGAGCCCUUCACACCACCCGGUCCUCAGGGCCAGACACAGGCCCCUCUCCUGCACACUCUGUCCUCAGCCUGCUCCUGAUCACUGGGCGUCCCAUCCCGUCCGAGAUACGGCACGGUCCUGCCACGGAGGUGUGGCACCCCAGCCGCUGGGGCCACUGCAGUCGGGGAGCAGGACCGGCCCCGGGAGUGGUCGCCUCUUCUGAGGUGACCAGGUCGUGACGGGGUCUCGUGACCUGCAGACGCUGGGCCUUCAGCAGAGGACACAUUGUACGUGGACUGAGAGGGCUCUGGCCUUCUGCACAAGUUUCAGGACCAGAAGCAAGUGGCUUUGUGCUGACCUGGACCACCAAGGUCGGCCACCAGAGGAGGAGUUUUAGGGCGGGGUCAGCAGAGACGGCCCCAGCCUCCUGUGAUACCGUGCCGGGCCUAGCAGUGGGGGUGCUGAUGGCGGAAGGCCGCGAGUCUGGCUGUCGGGCCCAUUUUCACUGCAGCAAGUUUGGGGCGGGACACCCUUGCCAAAUGAGCUGGAAUUCAUCCCCGCUUCUAGGUUCCAGUGUAGCCGCAGCCGCGCCUCAUGCCUGUCCACAGGCAGUCUGAGAGCACUUUCCCCACAGUUGCCAUCCAGAGCCCCCACCCACGGGCCCAGCCAGCCUGUCCUGCUGACCCGUGGGGCCCUCAAGUGGCAGCCUCUCUCUUCCUGGGGACAUUCUUCAUCAGCUCUGGCCUCAUCCUCUCCGUGGCUGGGUUCUUCUACCUGAAGCGAACCAGUAAACUCCCCAAGGUCUUCUACGGAAGAAACAAAGCCCCUGCCCUGCAGCCUGGCGAAGCUGUAAGUAACCAGAAGGAUGGGCUGAGUGCCCCCGUGUCGUGGGCCUCUGUGCUGGGGGCCACCUGCACUUCUCACUGUGCCUUUUCUCCUUUUCAAGGCUGCUAUGAUUCCCCCGCCACAGUCCUCAGUGCGGAAGCCGCGCUAUGUCAGACGCGAGCGGCCUUUGGACAGGGACACAGGCCCCACUGCCAUCUCCUCGGUGGAGGCCCGGGUCAGCAACGUCUGACCCAGGGACCCACCCACAACUCUGCACACCGCCUCGGAGAGAGCCCAGCACACAGAGGGCAGGUCUGGACAUGGCCCCUGGCUCAGCUUGACCGUCUCCCAGCAACAGAUGCCCAGUUGGAACCCGCCCAGCUGCUGGAAGGUGCUUCUUCCCACCCCACAGCUGCUCAGUGUAAUGGAGGGGGAGGCGCCCCUGAGGCGGGCUCCAGAGCGUGGCCAUGUGGGGUCUGGGCCCCUCAGGAGAGACAAGGACUGCUGGGCUUCUCCGUGCUUGGCAAAGCCGGGAGCUCGGCCACCCUGCCUAUCAGAGCCCACAGCGGGCAGACGUCCCCCGCACCACCAGGCCAGUCGGCCUCCUGGCCUCCCCGCCCGGACGGUGUCCGGACCAGGGGAGGUGGGGCAUGAGAACUGGCCCCUCCAAGGCUGAGGCGCCUACAGGGCCAUCCUGUAGCCAAGAGCCCCGCCCCCUCACCCCGAGCCCCAAACCACAGAUUUCCAGGAGCUGCAGAGGCGAGUUUCUUGGUUUGCUACUGACUUCUGUCAGUUUGAAGCAGCAAAGGCGGAGGGGCCCUGCUGUCCUCUCUGUCUCCUGCUCAUCACCUGCUCCCCACACGGGGCCCACGUGCUGCAGGGACUUGUCCACCCAGGGACUGACCUGAAAGCUCUGGAGGCCAAGGCCAGGCCCCCUGAGGGACGUGUCCACCCAGGGUCACAUUUACCUGUGACUGCUGCCUGGGUAGCCUGGUCUGGAUGGACCUGUGGAGGGCCGUGCUGUCCCUGGCUGCUUGCACACAGAAAGGGGUUCCCGAGGAGAAAGGAGCGAUUGUGGCUACCUCCCACGCACUGUCCUUCCCAGAUUCUCAGUCGAGAAUGAUGGCUCCUUCAGCACCUGGUCCACAUCCCAGGGUCCCGAGGCAGGGCCUGUGUGCUCAGCUGCUGUGCCCUUCUGCACCGUGACACGUGGCCCACGCGUCUACAGUUUAUGGGUACGAGCUCGUUCGAGACUUGAACCCGCGACGGGCCCAGCACUGAGCGGGGUGCAGCAGCUCAAAAUCAGUGUCAAUAAACUAUUCAGGGCUUUCCCCAUC